AUGAAUUAUUAAAAAUUUCGUUAAAAUGUAGAUUUUUAUCUAAAGCCACAUAAAGCAAAUCUGGAUAAUCUAUCAAAAAAAUCAUAUAUAUCACCUAUUAGAAUAAAAACCUAACAAAGCAAUUAAGAAUCAGGAAACAAAUAGAAAAUACUAACUAACUAAAAUAUGAUGGAGAGAAUCAAUAAGGUAAUUUUAGAUCAAAGAGUUAAAUUUCCAAUAACUACAUCAAGAAAUUUUGGAUAAUAAAACAAAGAUAAUCAUUUUGAAUGCUUUUUAAAGAGAUAGGGUUGCUUAGCCAAUUAUUAUAAACAUAGAUGA